CAACUAUGAAAAGUUCAAAUGUUAUCUUAUUAUUAGCCUUCAGUAAAAGCUAAUAAAACUAAUAACCUGUGAGAAAACAGAUACCAUACACACAUGUUACUUUUUCGACAGAAAGAUAGAAAACAGAUAUCACUGCAGCGAAUUUAGCUAGUGAUUACAGUGAGUAGUCGUCCACUGUCAAACUACAUUUGUGACGGGUUACAUUCUGCUUUGGAAUUCAAUUUUUUUGGUACUCGAAAUAGUGUUUAUUAAUUCUCGAAAUAGUGUUUUCAACUAAAAGCUACAAAUUGCAAAUUUCAUCGUUGUAGAAAUGUUGCAAAUGAUCGGAUUGAUCUAACAACAUUAAAAUCCGGGAAAUGUGCCAUCUACUUUAAUUCUUCGAUUAAAGAUUUCCGCAUAAGUACUCAUCUACAUUUGAGAUAACAGUGUCGAUCGAGUCAUCUUUCUCAGUCGGUUCGUGUAACCUGUGCAUGUUGGUUCGAUUGCUGUUGAUUGAUUUUGGAGUUCAACAUGCUUCUCAAAGAUUGCUUUCGACGGUCAUCGCAGGCAAUCAUUCGAAAGAAACAAUUGGAAAAAAGGAUUACUCAAAUAAACGAAAAAUUUCACACUUCAGUCAAAAUUCUUUUACUGGGAGCUGGUGAAUCUGGAAAAACAACUAUCAUCAAACAAAUGAAAAUUUUGCAUGAACAAAAUGGAUUCAGCUUUGAUGAACGACUAGACAAAUUACAUGACAUCAUCGAAAAUAUACAUGAAUCAAUAUAUGAAUUAGUGCGGCAUGUGAUUUUAAUGAAUCUGCAGUUUGACUCGAAAGAAAACCACUGGUGCGCUCAAGACAUUUUGAAAAUAGGAAAGCAAGCUCCUUGGCAUUUGAGCAUGGAAUAUGUACAACGUGUACGAACUUUGUGGGCCGACAAUGGUGUGAGAAAAUGCUUCAAGCGCUCCAAUGAAUUUCAACUGAUAGACAGUGCGAAAUACUUUUUGGAUCGCAUUGAAAUAAUAUCAAUGCCUGGGUAUAUUCCUUCGAACGUGGACAUUCUCAACUGCCGGAAAACAACUAACGGUAUACAGGAGGUACGAUUUCGUAUCCCAAUGUCGAAAUCCUUUGGCGGUGGAUAUCAGGAAUUCCGAAUCUUUGACGUUGGCGGACAACGUAGUCACAGAACGAAGUGGAUGCAGGUGUUCGAAGGUAUCGAAGCAGUUUUAUUUAUGAUCGCAUGCGGUAGUUUUGAUCAAACAUUACGAGAAGAUCCUUCAAAAAACCGCCUGGCUGAAGCGUUUGAGCUGUUCAGAGGUGUUUGGCACAAUCGAUUCUUGUCGGAAACGGGAAUUAUUGUAUUUCUCAAUAAACAAGACAUUUUAAAGCAGAAAAUUGAGGCAGGAAAAUCAAUAGAAGAUUAUUUUCCAGAAUACAAUCAGUAUAAGGAAAAUGCAGAUAGCGAUAUUUGCGAUGAAUAUACACGCGCAAGGACAUUCAUAAAGUCUAUGUUGGUGGAUAUAACAAACGAGCCCCCAAGGCGCACUUCUCAUCUGAUAAAGCGUAAAAGGUCCUGCUAUUAUCAUUAUACGAUUGCAACGGACACUAACAACAUUCGAAUGGUGUUUAAUGACGUGCAUAAUAUUAUUCUAGCAAGAAAUUUACAAAAUAUUGACGUUAUAUAGGUCUUUUAAAAUAUUGGAAUCGAAUAUUUCUCAAAUGAAUUUUUUUUCCAAUGAUUUAACAUUCAUUUUCUUUUGGUUUCGUCUGUAAUACUUUGAAAACUAAUAACUCAAAAGGUCUUUUUCUCGGACAAAUGAUUUUAUAGCAGACUUUUUCUCGGACAGUAUGAAUUCGCAAAUAUUUUUUGUAAAAUCUUAUCGAGAAACUUGUGAAAGUUCGACAGGUUUCCAAUUAUUGAUUUCGUAGAAUCUCGGUAUUUUAAUGUAUUUACGAAUUUUUUAUUGAGAUGUCUUCUAUUGAAACGGUUGUAAUUCAUUUUACCGUACUCGGUGACAUUAUCCCCAAUGUGCUUGCCCAUUUUUGGCUGUUUUCCCCAGAGUCGCCACCUCAAAUUUCAAAAUAGCCUCUGGAUGACUUCUAAAUUCGAAAAAUACCCAAUUUUGAAAUAGCCUCUGGAUAACUUCCAAAUUCGAAAAAAAAAUUGGGUGGAAUUUGGCAAAUAAAUGAAAAGGAUAAAACUGGCUUUUACAAAUACACUGGCACUUUCUCACAACUCAGAAAACGCAGAGAACUUCACGAAAUCGAAAAUAAAAAGUUGACCAAUUUUUCUAUUUUUGAUCUUUUUUUUACAUUUGAAAAACCAUCAAUGCCCCUUGUUGGCAACAAUAGACUAUCACAAGGUGACGUCACGCGCCUUAGUUUGACAGAUACUGGUAACUUUGUUUACUUUCGGACGAUGCAGUUUAGUUCUCAAUUAUAGCAGAUCAUUUCAAUUCUGACCACAAUUAGCUUUAAAUGUUGUGCGUGAGGUGCCAGUAUACUAAGAACAAUUACAAACUAAAUAGCAUUUUCACUACGCACACGAUUGCUUCACCUGAAAAAAGCACAAAAUCUCAAACAUAAACAUUGUUUCCACUAACUGUCAAAAAAGUGAGGUUAAAGAGAUUCGGCGAGACGGUCUAUUAUAAAUAUUGCCUACGGCUUUUAAGGUACAUGUCUUUACAGUGCACACACAGCAACAUGGAACAAUGACAAUGGUUUUUUCUUUCAUUAUCAUCGUUUUCUUGGUUUGCCCUCGAACAGUUUCACCACAGACAAACAGACGUGCCUCUUCGAACAAAAAUCCUGAAAAAUGUUCGUCCUUAUGCGAAACGUUACACUCAUGCGCCACCAUGUGAGCUUAUUGCCUAUUAACUUGUUUUCGUUAAACGGUUUUUGUCUUUGCUACUGGGUGUGCACGCUUGCUUAAAUUAGCACAAGCGGCAUUACUGAUGGUUUUGUCUUUGAUAGUGAAAAGGCACGCUUACUAAUAGCGACACUAGCGGCUUUAUUGCCCACUAAGCAAAAUUUCAAAAUUAUCGUUAUCGUUAACGUCUGUUUGUCUGCAGUUUCACCGUGCAAGUUGCCAUGUAACUGCGUUGGUUUUUGUAGUAUUUUUUGGCAAAUAAUGCUUGAAAACCUUUUUUGGCAAAUAAUGCUUGAAAACGUAAAAUUAACAAUGCCUCAUGUAUUUAUAAGCCAUGUUUUAUCGACUAGAACCAAAAACAGGAUAGUGAUGAUUUUAGUACCCUAUUUUAGGCUGUUCUCCAGAAACCGAAAGGGGGCAUUUUGGAAUUCAAAAUUGUAGUUGGACUUGAUUUCCUGCCCCUCGAAAUCACCUCGGUUCCGUAAUUAUAGGCUCAGAUCAGAAUUCGUGAAACAGAUCGGAACGGAUAAAUAUUAAAAACUUCCACGAGUUUUACUCGGAAAGUUGAUUUUCUAAUUUUUAUUGAAUUUAAGUAUGUUAUUAAGUUGUUGUUGUUAUUGAUUAUUAGGUUAAUAUUUUUUUUAAAUAGACAUAUCUUUAAAAACAUUGCAUCGAAUUUGAAGAAAU